CCUGCCUCAAAGUCAUACUGUCAUUGGACGAAGAUGGUGUCAAUCUCAACACGUGGAACAGCGUUUAUCCUUCUCGUUGCUUUCUGAGCAGACAUGUGAUCAGUAAUUUAUGAACAAUCAAAUCGUAAAUAAAUAAAACCAACUUAAGAUGCUGAGUGACAGAGAAGCUAAAGAAUUGCUAAAUUUCCUAACUUUGGAAACAAGGCCGGAUGUAAAGGGUCAGGCCACAGAGUACAUUCUUGGUCUCACUGGCACCAAAGACGGCUGCAGAUAUCUACGGGGCAAACCAGAUUUCCUCAAAGCUCUGCUCACUCUCACCAGCGACUCCUCUGUGGCUAUCGUCAAAGACUGCUACCAUGCCCUGAUAAACCUAUCUGCGGAUGAAACGCUACACAGAGCCCUAGUACAGGAUGCCAAUAUCCUGCCUGUCUUGUUUUCCAAUCUCCUGGACCCUACAUACAUGUUUGCAGACCGAAUCUGCACCAUUCUGACCAACCUCACACGACACGAAAAGACCUGCAAGGACGUCUUCAAGGUUUUUCAAGAAGAGCACAUAGGUCUGGCUAAAAUAGUUGAGAUCCUGUGCACAGAAGAUUAUAAUAAAAAGGCUUCCCUCCACUACCUGGGCCCUCUCCUGUCAAACCUCACACAGCUGCCAGAUGCCAGGCAGUUUAUCCUUGACAAGGAAAGGUGUGUGGUUCAGCGACUCCUGCCCUACACGCAGUAUGAAGCGUCAACGGUCAAACGGGGUGGAGUCAUUGGAACUUUAAGAAACUGCUGCUUUGACCACGCCUAUCAUGAGUGGAUGCUCAGUGACGCCGUGGACAUCCUGCCGUUCCUGCUGCUGCCGCUGGCAGGGCCGGAGGAGCUGACGGAGGAGGAGAAUGAAGGAUUGCCUGUGGAUUUGCAGUAUCUUCCUGAAGAUAAAAAGAGAGAGGAGGACCCGGAUAUUCGUAAAAUGCUCAUCGAAACACUUCUCCUGUUAACAGCUACCAAGGCGGGUCGUCAGAUUUUGAAGAGCAAGAACGUGUACCCCAUCAUGAGGGAGUUUCACAAAUGGGAAAAGGAGCCGUCUGUCAUCUCCGCCUGUGAAAAACUGGUGCAGGUCCUGAUUGGGGAUGAACCAGAACCUGGAAUGGAGAACCUGAUGGAGGUGGAGAUUCCCGAAGAUGUUGAGGUCAAGCUGCAAGACCUGGACGUGAAGGAGCAGGAGCAGAUUGAGAAAGAGCAGGAGGAAUUGAUAAGGGCUGCGACUGAGGAGAACUCUGCUCGUGAAGAGAGUUAGCGUGAAACAGGACAGAACUGCAUGGAAGCUGGUGCUUGUUGAUGAAUUGUGUAUACACUACACCACAAAGAGAUGUAAAGCCAGCAAAUACAGUUUUCUAAUGAUUAAAAUAUAUUUUAUACUGUA